GCCGCGCCGUCGUGUCUGGCUGCUCCAGCGCCCCGCCGCCGCCAUCCGCCGGGCUCGCCGUGAGGCUCGCGCUGCGUGCGGUGGUCCACACCGUCGGGCGCAGACGUGAGGCUGGCUGGGAGAGCCUGGCCGUGGCGGAGUACACCAAGCGGUUGGCGCGUGGCUCGCCGGCGGUGCUGGCGCGCGUGGCGCUCCACCCCAGCCAAGAGGCCCUCCGGGUGGCCGCCCUCGAGCUGGCCUCGCCGGUGCUCGUGCUGGACGAGCGCGGGGAGCAGCUCAGCACCGAGGAGCUCGCGUCCCUCCUCUUCGGGCGGCUCUUCGCGGCCGAGCCCCGCGUGUCCUUCGUGAUCGGGGGGGCAGACGGCUUGCCAGAGGACCUCCGGACGGGCCAGGGCUACAGGCGCAUCUCGCUCAGCAGGCUCACCCUUCCCCACCGCGUCGCCCACGUGCUGCUCCUGGAGCAGAUGUUCCGCGCCAGGGAGCUUCGCGCAGGCUCGGGCUACCACCGUGGCGGUUGA